UAAUAGUUUGCUCUGGGCGAACUGUAACUAAAACUUGGAGGAUCUGCACAUGCAGAAGGUAUUUCUAGCAGUGUCUUGUAUUUGAGCCGCAUAUCUACUACACCAACAAUCUCAGAACACCAAUCCUUUACACGCUCCACCGAUAAAAUAUGCGCAUCCAAGCCACCAUUGCCACCUUGACUUCAGUCGCGUCGGCUGUUCUGCUGUCUCGCCAGGCGAAUGAGACUACAACAACACCGAAUGUUGCAGCGGCGCAAUACGACGGAUCAUGCUUUUACCCCGUGCCUGAUCCCAAAUUUAAUCUGGAGGCCUACCUGGGAACCUGGUACCAAGUUGCCGGUACACCUUUCGGCCCCACAGCAGGAGCUCGCUGCGUGACUGCAAACUACGAGCUGAAUGAUAACGGCACAGUUCGCGUUUUGAAUACAGCAACCGUUGGUCCUCAGCCCAUUGACAUUAUUGGCACUGCAACUCCGGUCGAUUCUGCUUACGGCGCUGGAGGUGCCUUCGUAGUCAGCUUCCCCGGUACCCCAGAUGCGGAAUGCCCAGGACCCAACUACAUUGUUCAAGAUUACGCAAUUGAUUGGGCCAUCGUGCAGACGCAGAACUGGAGUACUCUAUACAUUCUGAGCCGGGAGCGCCAGCCAGCCCCUGCAAGCAUUGAUGCCUGGAUCGCGCGUGCUGUCGCAUUUGGCUCUGAUGCCUCAGCUAUAUCAAAGUUCAACCAGACUGGCUGCGAUGCGUAAACAAGUAAAACUAGAAUUUUCGAUCAGGCGUUCAGAGAAAGCACGCAGACCAUGAGCAAAAUGUUUUACACAAAGUCGAGUGAUUCUGGCUCACGAAAAGCGAAUUUCAUAUCUUUGUGUACAGUUUUGAAGUAGCCCGAAGUUCAAUAUCGUUGCGAGACGAAAGAUACCCGCAGUCAGAACGCUCAGAGUCAUGUUACCUGCAGUCCUCCGAAAUACCUUGACCUGCGCCAUU